UAUAUUGAGUAUUACAUUGUUGAAGAUGCUUCUGAAUCCUUAUUUACUUAGUAGUGAAAAAUCUAAGAGGUUAUCCACGUUUAAUCGCCUUGUUCAAGCCAGUAUUAGUGAAUCUCUUUCGCCUUUGCUAGUCACAGAAAAAUUUAUCCACAUCACAAAAGCUUCACUAAUCAAUUGCUCAGAUACUGAAAUGCUUCUUGAAAUUUGGUCAUAUAUUGCUUCUUCUCUAUUGGAUACAAUUGAAAAGACACAAGAAGUUAAUCAAGGAGAUAAGCGCGAUCAUGACUUUUCCUGUAUGUAUGACAUUUUGUUAUGGCCAUUUGAGAGCAGUUUCCUAGUUCCUGCUGCUCAGGUUGCUACAAGUUCAGCUUUUAAACUGUGGAAAAAUUUGUUUAAAGCAUUUAUCCGUUGUUCUUCACUCGUUGACACUACUUUACCAAAUGAAGCAUGUGAAAUAUUUUGUGUGAGACUAAAAAAUAUGCUUAAGCCUGAAUUGUUGCAGGAAGCUGAAUUUUAUGAAUCUGUGUGUUCAUAUAUGCAAGAAGUCAUUCAGUGCGUGGAUUAUGCAUCAAGUGGAAUUCUUAAUGCUCAUGGUUUGUCUGAUACUUUACUGAUGGCAAAACAGAAAAAGCCCUUAGGAAAUUUAACAUCUCUAGUCGAUGUAUUAGUUUUACUAUUGGAGAUUUUUUAUUCUCAGUAUGUCCUUCCUGAUGAAGAGCAGAAGCAGGUGCUUUUACCAAGAAGAGGUCCUGCUUCAAAAUUAAAAGGACCGUUGGGUCUUGUUAAGGAUUUUAUUAAUAACAUCAAAUCUGCUUCUAUUAUUCGUUUCACUAUAGAAAAACUGGCUGAGCCACUUUCUAUGUUCUUUUCUGUUGCGGAUAAAAAGAAGACCUUUGUUGACAAACAAUUGGAAAUGUUGUGGGAUGUCCUGACUUCUACAAUUGAAAGACAUUACCUUGGACCAUAUGAUUCUGAUUUUCUUGCUACUUUGAGCCCCAUACUGGAAUUGAAUUUAUGUCAUUCGAAGAGACACAUUAAGGAAAAAAGUCGCAAGUUCUGGUUUGCUACCUUUGGGCCAGUAACAUCUCUGCAAUACCCUGAAGCUUUAAAGAUUUCCUUAAACAAGGCAAAGCUUCGCCUUUUACCAGACCAUAGCCUAGAUUCUGUCAACGAAUUUAGUGUUGCUAACUUUUCAUCAAGAACACAGGAGAGCGAUCCUAUUUCUAAUACACCUUCUGCAAAAAUACAUUUUGCUAUACCUGCAUCUGUUAAUGAUGUCAAAUCACCAGCAAAAAAUUCAACAACAGGCAUGCAAAAUAUGAAACCAACAUUUGGUGGCAGUGUCAACUCAGCAGCAAAGACAACCACCAACACUCAAAAACCAGCUCCUAGAAAAGCAAAUAUAGAGGAUUUACCAGAUGAAAUAUUUGUUAAAAUUGAUCCUCCAGUUGCGUGUCGACAGUCUGCAAGGCAACGUAACUUUCGAAAACGUAAAAGUUACAUACCUGCCCUGUAUAGUGAGUUAUCUCAGGACAUGUCUCAGGAUACCAAUACUAUUAGCAGCUCCGCUGAAUCUCAUGAUGCUUGUUCAUCAGUUGAAUUUCCAGAUUCUGAUCCACACCUGGAAUAUGCAAAAUGCACUUCUAAAGAAAAAACAAUAUUUACUGGAGAUAAUGUUGAAAAUGGUGAAGAUAAUCUUGAACCAGAUAUAAAGAAAAAAAUUAUAGAAGUAUCAAGUAAUGAAAAUGAACUAAAUAUGAUAUCCAGUGAUGUGAUUAUUAUUAAUGAUACUCCAAAUGAAGAUCAAGAAAUUAAAUAUUCUACUAAUGAUUUGACAAACCAUGCUGGCAGCAGUGAAAAAAAUACCAUUGCUCUUUCAGAUUUUGAACUGAAAAGCAGCUCAGAAAAGAGAAAAAGAAAAAUUGAACCUGAUGAAGUUCCAGCCUGUAGUUCUGCAAAAUAUAGGCUUUCCUCUAGGUCUUGUUCAGAUAAUUUCAACCAGGCAGACAUUGAAGUUAUUGGAAUUAGUGAUUCUGAAGAAAUAAUCCCUAGUUCUCAAAAUUCUUCAGAAAACGAAAGCUACAUGAAGUUAUCUGUUGGAGAUGCAGCUCAUAAAAUUUUGUUGAGUGUUGAAAAAUCUUCUGAAAAGACUAGUGAGCUUUCUAAAGAUCCUGCAGCUCCUGAAGAAAUAAUAAACAAUAUUGAUGAGCUCCUAAAUUGCAAAAUAAGUGAUGAGAAUAAACCCAAAACUGAAUGUUUUGAAGUUCUAAAUGAUGGUAAUAGUAAGGAAUCUGUUUCAUCAAUCCCAGGCUUAGCUUUUGUGAAUGAAAACAAAUUGAAUUCCUCAGUCAAAAAAUCACUUGAAACUAGCACAAAUAAAAUAGAAGCACAUGUUAAAAAAGAAGUUUCGGAAUCAAAUUCAUCUGUUAAAAAGAUUGUCAGUGAGAAAAAUGUAAAUGAUGAGCGUAUUGUUUACAAAACUAGAUCUAUGAGUAAAGAUCAGAAGUCCGGCUCUAGUAUUAAAAAUUCUAGGCGUCUUUCAAAGAGUAAUAAUAAAAAAUUAGGAAAGGAAUAUACUGAGACUUCAGCAGGCACUUGUACAAAUUUGAAAUCGCGAAGGAAAAGCUCUAGCAGAAACGAAGAUACUGCAUCAAAUCCAUCUGUGCAUUGCAAAUUAGAUGCACCUCUUGAAAAUACUGUAAAACAAAUUUCUUCAGAAAAAUUUAAAGUCGAUGAAUUCCCUGAUAAAAAAAAUGAGCCAACCAGUUUAGAAGGAGUUACAGCAAAUGAUGUACAAACUGUUACUAAUAAAAGAGACGUUUGUGGUGAAGAAACUAAUGAAAAAAUCAUAAAAAAUACUGAAAUUGGAGGAACAGAUGAUUUACCUAUCCUAAGUAGAAAAGUAGAAGAAAUUAAUGAUAACCAAGAUGAGACAGGAAAUCUAAUUCUGAAUUCCAAAUGUAUUGAACCUAACUUAAUGUUAACUACAAAGAACGCUGCAGUUAAUCAUUUUGUCCCUAAAGAGGAACAUUCCCAUGGCACUGAUGAGAAUGAUGAAAAUAUUGUUGAAAUUCUUGACACUAAACCUGAAGAACAUAUACCAUCAUUAACUGUUAAAAAAAAGUGUGAGAGAAAAAAGACAAAAAGUAAAAAGAAAGCCUUAUCUGAAAAGGAAACUUUUGAUGGCAAAUUAGUGAAUAGUGUUGCUGAUAAUGCUCCCUUAACUAUGGAAAAGAUUACGGCUGAUGAUGUUUCCAUUUCAGACAACAUUAAUGAACUUAUAGAGAUACACCAAUGUGAAGAUAAGCAAAAUGAAAUUGUUGAAAUUGAGCCAGAAUAUAAUGAUAAUAGCAACAUAGUAUUAAGUGUGGAAGAGACUGAAAUUGACGAAACCCCAAUGCUUGAUAAUGACAUAGAGGAUACAUGCAGAGAAGAUGUAAGUAGCAUUCCCAAGAUCAGUUCAGAAAAAUUGUGUGGGAAAGAGGUAUCAGUCUCAAAGGAGGUUGAGUUUGAUGAAACUCCCAUGCUAGAAAGUGACGCUGAAGAAGCAGAGAACCCUAAUAACGAUGGGCAAGAUAUGUCUUUUAUGAAAUUAACAGAAAUUGGUAGUAUUGAAAACAGGACAUCAUUAGCAAUGGAAAAGUGUGAGAAGGAAGACUCUCGUAUGUUGGAUAAUAACAUUGAAGAACCUAUGAACUUGCAAAGUAUAACUAAAAAUACAAUUUCUAACUGCCAGUUGGAAGAUGGAUCUCAUGGCAUGACCUCAUGCAUCAAAGCAGCUGAAAAUAUAAAAAUCUUAGCUAUAAAUGGUAGUAUUGAAAAAGGAAUCCUUAACACAAAAGUUGCUAGGGAGCAUAAGACUCUUGAAGCAGAAUCUGAAGGACAUGAUAAGGCUUCUGGCUUGACAUCAUUCAUAACAGAGAAUAAAAGUUGUGGAAUAGAAGAUAAUAGUUAUUCAUUUCAAGUUUCUGAAGUUGCAGUUGAAAACAAAGAAAAUAUCUGUAAUAAAAGCAGUGAGGAUCCAGUUGAACCAAACUCCAUUGUUUCUGUAGGUUGUCAUUCUGUUGCUAUAUUGUGCAAUAAAAAUGAUAAAAAUAUUCCUUAUUCAGCUAAUCUAGUUCAGCAGCCUGAUGUGGAAUCUGUCUGUCAACUUGAAUCUAAUACUGCUUCUAAAAAUCCUUUAAUUGAUGAAGCUGCACCAAUGCACAAUGUUCAUGAAUUUUUGAUUUCUUCCCUCAAGAAAGGUAUUGUAGAAGAUGGUAUACAAUCAUCCGAAAUAACAAAAGCUUCUGCUAUACAAUCAGAGAAAGGUAAUCUUUCAGAUGCUACUAAUUCUGAUCUUGAAGAAGCUAGUGAAUUGUGUAUUUCAGAUUCUGUGCCUAAGAAAGAAGAUGACAAUACAGAUUUUGUUUCGACACUGCCCGAUUUAGCACCCAAAGGAAAUAGUGGAGAUAAUUUCUCUAAUUUAGAAUGUGAUUCAAUUGAUAUUGACAAAGUCACAUCUAAAGGUUGUGUGGUGGAAAAGUUACCCAAAAAAUCUGUCCAUAAUGAUGAUAAAAAUAAGCUGGAUAUAAUGCCUUCUAAUAAUGAACACCUCAUUGAAAAGUUUAAGGAAAUCUUUACUAUACAGACUGAAACAUGUAAUAGAAGAAACUCCAUUGGUUCCUUAUUAAAAUCAACCGAAUUUGAAAGGAAUUUUAAUGAGAUAAAUGAAGGGGUUCAGGAUUUUUCUGCUGAUAAAAAAUGUGAGGAUAUUGUUUCAGUUUUAAAUGUUGAAGAUUUCCAGAUUAGAAAUACUGAAGGUGAUAGAAAAGAUUAUGAAUCGCAGAAAGAAAAGAUUGAAAUAGAGGCAGCUGAAGCUUCAAAUAUGAAACUAAGAAGUGUGAAACCAGGUGAAUUACACACCAACUUUGAAUCUGGGCAGUUAUAUUUAGAGAAAGAGAAUUCAGAAGAAUUUAAUAAUUUCUUACAAAUGCCUGUUGGAAAUAUGUCUUCUCAAGAGAAAAUUGACAGUGUAAUUAAUGAAGCUGUCAGCAGUGCAAGUGAGGUAAUUUUACCAGAGAUCAGAAUGUUGCUUAAUAAUGUUUUGCAAGAAGUAGAUGGAUUAACUCAUAACAGUAUUAAUGAAAUGCCCAGACUUUUUUCUGAAAAUAGUUCAUCUAUUCCAUCUGAAAGUCAGGUCAACCAUUUACAACAAUUUCAGGUAAAUAAGAAACAAGUGCAAAUUGUAGUUGCUGGGUUGUGCAACGAAGUGUCUAAGGAAGUGGAAGGUUCAAAAAAAAGGAAAAAGAAAGUACCCGUUCGAGCAACAGUUGCACAUAAAGUAAAAACAUUUGCUCCACUUAUAACAAAGAAAAAUUUUAAAUUAAAAGUUAAUGAGAUCAAAACAUUGAAAAAUAUGCAGCCAAGUGAAAUUACGAGUAUUUUAAAAGGAGCUUAUUGUUUGACUCCGGGAAAUCAAACUGAAAGCAAAAGUAAAAAGACUGUAUUAUCUAUUAAAGGACUGUCACCAUUGACUCAGUUUGUUACGACUUCAGAUUCUCAUGAAAAGGAAGCAUUUCUUGCAUCCCAUGAUAGGUCACCCAAGACAACAGCAUUGACAUUAUUGCAUGUAAAAAAUAAAAUGGGUAGUGAUCAAAUGAAAACUCUUAAUACAUAUUUUAAUACCAGCCUCUCACCUCAGACAAGAAGCUUUAAAAUGAUUACAGCUUCUCGUAAGAAGUUAUAUAAGGCAUCCGAAGAAAAUAAUCUUCAAACAAGCAGUGCAGCUGUUAUAACUUCAGAAAGUCCAGUAAAUGUUGUUACUUCAAAAAAAAAAAAAAGAGUAACCUUUGCUGAUCCUCUGGUGGAAGAGAAAUUUCUUGAUGAUGUUUCUGUUGAAAAUUAUGCAAAAAAGUCACGUAAGAUGCCUGCAAGAGGGUGCCCUAAGAAGCUACAAAGUUGUUUUGCAACACCAAAGAAUGAGUGUGUGCAGGUAAACAGGAGAGCUUCUUUAACAACAUCAUUUCCAGUCGAAAAAGAUGAUAUUCCCUCUUCUUCUGAAUUUCAAGAUUCAGAUUCAUUAACAGAAUUCAGUAAUUUGCCAGUGUGUUCUGUGUUGAUAAAUUGUGAAGAUAGCGUUUCCAAUAUUUUGCAUUACUUAACCUCACCAACAUGGGUUCGGGGUUUGGAAAGUCUUCUCUUGUCAAAAAAUAUUAAAACUAUAGGAGAUCUAUGUCGACUUAAUGUGCAUGAAGUGAAGGCCUUGCCCUUUAAAUCACCUAAGGUGAUAAGUCUGCAUAAAGCUCUCAUUGCUUAUCUCACACAAGUGCAGACAAUGACCAUUCAAAAAUUCCAGAGGUUUGAAGAUGGUUGUCCUGAACAAGAAGAAAUGGAUUGCCUCUCAAAUUCUACUAAUGGCAGGCUUGAUGAUAACGAAAUUCCUUCUGAGCAACAGAUUAAAGGUAAAAUUUCUAAAAAUGAAGAAGAAAUAUUGAACCAAAUGGUAGAAACAUUACUGCAAAAUGGUAAAAUUGAAAAAUUACCAUCUCAUUUAUUAAGUGCUUUAAGCAGAAAAUGUGUCAGUGUCUUAACAGAAAAAAUAGAGAAGUCAUGUAUAUAGUAAAGUUUUUUUUUUUUUUUUUUUUUUUUAAAGAAAUAGAUUGAGGAUAAUGUAUAUUAAACAGAGCAAGUAUAUGUGUUUUCAGUUUUGUUCAUGAUGUUAUCUUGUACUACAUUAUUAAAAUUAUAUUGUGAUUUAUUUGUAAUUUUUUAUGUUUAAUGCACUGUAAAUUUACAUAAUUUUUUAAGAAUAAAAAAUUCAUUUAAGUGUUA